UGUUUCCGGAAAUACGUCACUGCUGUGCGCCAUAAGACACUAUUAGAUGUUAGAGGGGUGAAAAAAACUGUGACGAAAAAAUAUAUAAUUUCUUAAAGCGUAGCUUCUGUGUUUUGGAAAGAUCCCAGCCAUGGCGAUGCAAGCAGCGAAGCGAGCGAAUAUCCGCUUACCUCCUGAGGUGAACAGAAUACUGUACAUCCGCAACCUUCCAUACAAGAUCACAGCAGAAGAAAUGUAUGAUAUUUUCGGGAAAUAUGGACCAAUCCGACAAAUUAGAGUGGGGAACACACCGGAGACCAGGGGAACUGCCUAUGUAGUCUAUGAGGACAUCUUUGAUGCCAAGAAUGCCUGUGACCACCUUUCCGGAUUCAACGUGUGCAACAGAUAUCUGGUUGUUUUGUACUACAAUGCCAACAGAGCAUUCCAGAAAAUGGACACAAAGAAAAAAGAAGAGCAACUAAAACUCCUCAAGGAGAAAUACGGCAUAAACACGGACCCCCCAAAGUAACACAGACUCCUCAAGUGAACCCUUUUAAACAAAAAAAAAAAAAAAACUUUUACUGCUGAAGUAUUGAGCUGUUAUGUUUUCUUUUUCCUAUUAUAAAGUUUUUUGUGCAUGUGAUCACUUGAUGAAGAUUUAUUUGGCAUGUUUGCUCAUUUAAGUGACAUGACUGACUUAUUUGUUUUAUUUUGAAUAAAAGAAUAAAUCAUGCA